AUGCCUGAUUGGAUGGUGAUUAAUUGCUUCUAUAAUGGCUUGGGACCUAAAUCGAGACCAAUGUUCGAUGCAGCAUCAGGUGGAGCUCUAUGGGCUAAGAACUAUGAUGAGGCUUAUGAGUUGAUCGAGAUGAUGCCUGCGAACGAAUAUCAGAAUCCUACUCAGCGUUUUCAUCAGGGCAAGGCAGCAGGAAUUCUAGAUGUUGAUGCUACUACAGCCUUGAUUGCUCAACUUAAGGCUCUUACUAUGAAGGUGGAUUCCUUAGCUAACUUGGGAGUUCAGCCACCGCCUAUUAGAUCUCAGCAGCCAGCUCAGGCUACUUAUCACCCGAAUAAUCGGAAUCAUCGGACUUUCAGCUGGAGCAACAAUCAGAACUUCAUGCCACACCCGCAACAUCAAUUUCAGCAGCAAGGAGCUAGACCUUUCAACCCUUCUGAUUUUCAACAACAGUUUGCACCGAAGCAGCAAUUCCAUCCAUCCGGAUUUCAGCAACAAAAUCAAGGGGUGGCUGGACAGUCUUCCAACGAAAGAUCUGAAUGGGAAGAGAUGAAACUAAUGAUUAAAAGCCAAGCGGUGUCAAUCAAGACUUUGGAGAACCAGAUUGGACAGAUUGCUAACACGUUGAUUAACAGACCACAAGGAACUCUUCUUAGUGAUACCGAGGCCAAUCCGGGUAGGAAAGAGGUGAAGGAACAGGUACAGGCUAUCACCUUAAGGUCCGGAAGGGUUAUGAAGGAGAAAGAGUCAGCAACAGAGCAUAACAAGGAUGAGAGUGAUCAACAGGUUGAAACACCCGUGCUCUCAUCUAAGUCUGGUAGUGGAAAAACUGUUGUUAACACUGACAAGAAUGAAAUCAACGAGGAAGCAAGCAAGGAAUCAGCCGAGAAGUCUAGCCCUAAAGCUGAUAUUGGGGUCAAGCAAGUGUAUCCACCUCCCCCUUUUCCGAAGAGACUUCAGAAACAUAAGCUCGACAAACAAUUCACUAAAUUUCUAGAGAUUUUCAAGAAAUUACAAAUCAACAUACCUUUUGCGGAGGCUCUAGAACAAAUGCCGAGUUAUGCUAAAUUCAUGAAAGGUAUUCUAUCUCGGAAACUCAAACUUGAGGAAUUAGAGACUGUGGCUUUGACCGAGGAGUGUAGUGCGUGCUGCAGCAGAAAUUACCUCUGA